CGUUCCUGCCUCCGCCAUCAUGCCGGGGUGGUGCAGAAACUCCGUGUCGAGGAAGCCGAGGAAAGCCCGAAGCGAGCGGAAGAAGUAGCCAGGACACCCCGGUAUCUUUCAGCAUCCGUCACCCCGUCUGUCCGUCCGUCAGCGCGCGCGCACGUCCACUCCUGCGUGAUCUCUGCGACAGAGCCGAGCUCGUGCACCUCCCUACCCUCCUUCUUCCUUCUCCUCCUCUUCAUCCUCCUCCUCCUCCGGUGAACGGAGCGGAGCCGCACCGAGUGAUGCUGCUGCUGCUGCGGCCCGCGCUGCCCUCCUAAAGCAUCACAGCCCCAUGAACAUGUCCAACGCAGUCAUGGGUCUAAACCCCACCGACAGGGUCAUCAAAUGCUGAUAGGUUGGAGGCUGGAGGCUGGCUAAUGAGCUUCAGACCAUCUUUCUGCUAGUGGUGAAUGCGUGAAUUGCUACAGAGAGGGAGAAAGAGAGAGAGCGCGAGCGAGAGAGAAAGAAAGAGAGGGAGAAAGAGAGGGAGAUCAGCAUCAUUUCAUUCCAAUGAAACCUUUUUCCUUGCCACUUUGACGAUGACAGCAGCCAAAGGACGACCUAAAGCAGUCCCGUUCCCGCUGAGCCACAGGUUGAGUAUGCGGGAGGUGUUUGACUGCGAGGGAAAGCCGCGAGUGGACCUGCUGAAGGCUCACCUCACUAAAGAAGGCCGUGUGGAGGAACCUGUCGCUCUGCGCAUCAUCAAUGAGGGAGCCUCCAUCCUGCGCCAGGAGAAGACAAUGCUGGACAUCGAGGCUCCAGUUACAGUGUGUGGAGAUAUUCACGGGCAGUUCUUUGACCUGAUGAAGCUCUUUGAGGUCGGAGGAUCACCCGCUACAACACGGUACCUCUUUCUAGGGGACUACGUGGACCGAGGUUACUUCAGUAUCGAGUGUGUUUUGUAUCUCUGGUCACUGAAAAUCCUCUACCCAAAGACGUUAUUUCUGCUGCGGGGAAACCAUGAAUGUAGACACUUGACUGAAUAUUUCACAUUCAAACAGGAAUGUAAAAUUAAAUACUCCGAGCAGGUGUACGACGCGUGUAUGGAUGCGUUCGACUGUCUGCCGCUGGCCGCUCUGAUGAAUCAGCAGUUUCUGUGCGUGCACGGUGGCCUCUCACCCGAGAUACACACGUUAGAUGACAUCAAGAAGCUGGACCGGUUUAAAGAGCCUCCAGCCUUUGGGCCCAUGUGUGAUCUUCUGUGGUCGGAUCCACUAGAGGACUUUGGCAAUGAGAAGUCACAGGAGUAUUUCAGCCACAACACUGUUCGUGGCUGCUCUUACUUCUACAGCUAUCCUGCUGUGUGUGAGUUUCUCCAGACUAAUAACCUGCUCUCAGUGAUCAGAGCCCAUGAGGCACAGGACGCAGGUUAUAGGAUGUACAGAAAAAGCCAGACGACAGGCUUCCCCUCUCUCAUCACAAUCUUCUCUGCUCCCAAUUACCUGGAUGUGUAUAAUAACAAAGCUGCCGUGCUAAAAUACGAGAACAACGUGAUGAACAUACGUCAGUUUAACUGCUCGCCACACCCGUACUGGCUGCCCAACUUCAUGGAUGUGUUCACCUGGUCCCUGCCUUUCGUUGGAGAGAAAGUGACUGAGAUGUUGGUGAAUGUCCUUAGCAUCUGUUCAGAUGAUGAACUGAUGAACGAUGGCGAUGAGAUCUAUGACGCGAAUGCUGCAGCCGCUCGUAAGGAGGUCAUCAGGAACAAAAUCCGUGCCAUCGGCAAAAUGGCCAAAAUGUUCUCAGUGUUGCGUGAGGAGAGUGAGAACGUGUUGACUUUGAAGGGUCUGACUCCGACCGGCAUGCUGCCUAGCGGAGUUCUCUCUGGAGGAAAGCAGACUUUACAGAGCGCUACCAUCGAGGCCAUUGAAGCCAUCGAGGCGGUUGAGGACAGUGAAGCGAUCCGUGGUUUCUCCCCGCAGCAUAAGAUCAGCAGUUUUGAGGAGGCGAAGGGUCUGGACCGGAUAAACGAGCGCAUGCCUCCUCGCCGCGACGUGCUCAACAGCGUGGGUCUGUCUAUGGGCCGCAUGAACAUGGCCGAGUCCAACGGCACCGACGACAACAGCAACCUUCAGUGACUCCUCAUCUUCAUCCUCCUCCCCCUCCUCAUCCCCGUCCGUGCCCUCGCUCUUCCUCAUUCUAUCCCCUCUUUCCGUCCGUCUGCGUUGCUGCUCUUUUUCUCUCCCUCUUCACAGUGGAAGAACGGCUGUGAUUUGAGACGCGGCUUGAGUGAACUACAGAGGAGCCAGGUUUAUUUUUACUUGAUUUUGAAAGGGAGGAUGUACACAGCAUGUGAUGACGGCAGGAAUUGCUGGAGGAGGUAAAUGAGGAAGCGCUGGAGGAAGUUCUGGAGGAAGUGCCGGAGGAAGUAAUUGAGGAAGCGCUGGAAGAAGUUCUGGAGGAAAUGCUAGAAAGUUCUGGAGGAAAUGCUAGAGGAAGCUCUGGAGGAAAUGCUAGAGGAAGUCCUGGACGAAAUGCUGGAGGAAGUUCUGGAUGAAGUACUGGAGAAAGUAUUGGAGGACGUUCUGGAGGAAGUUCUGGAGGGUUGGUCAUGUUUUAGUGAAGUGGAAGAGAGACGAGUGUGUGUGGGUUGUAUAAUGACACGUUAACUAGAAACUGAUAAUAGGAUGUUGGAGUGCUGUUAUCUUGGGUUAGUUUGUGUCUGCCGUGUGUGUGUGUGUGUGUGUGUGUGGGUGGUUGGUUGACUUGUGUAAUUACUUUGUAAGGAAGUAAGGCUUUAUCACAAAAGACUGUUCCUGCUGGAAACUGAGUAUUACGGCGUCUGCGAUUUAAAUUCACUGUCAAAGGAGUGUGUGUGUGUGUGUGUGUGUGAGUGUGUUAGGGCUGUCCAUUCCAUUUGGAAUAUUAAUAUCAUUUAUAGGUUCAGAGCAUUUUUGAAAUUUGUUCCUUAAUGAUGUUUUAUAUCUUUAUGUCUUGGUACACGCUGAUAUUAAAUUUAACUUUCAUGUGGAGCAUUAAAAACCCAUAUUCAUCAUCAUCAUCAUCAUCAUCCUUCUCAUCAUCAUCAUCAUCAUCAUCCUUCUCAUCAUCAUCAUCAUCAGUAACUCUUGAUCACAUCUUUACAGCUUUACCUGCUAAACAAAACAGCAAUCUAUGAAGCUUGAAGAAAGAUCCUGUGCUAAAUAUACUACAGCGCUUACACCAACCCAGACCACUGUAGACUGUACCAACCCAGACCACUGUAGACUGUACCAACCCAGACCACUGUAGACUGUACCAACCCAGACCACUGUAGACUGUACCAACCCAGACCACUGUAGACUGUACCAACCCAGACCACUGUAGACUGUACCAACCCAGACCACUGUAGACUGUACAGGACGUAGUGCACUACGGUAUCGUGAAUAAGAGUCUGUUGGAAAUGACUGUUAUUUUUAAUCAUUUUGCUAAGCAUCAUAACUUCAUACAUGUCUGCAUUAAUAACAUGACCUGACUGGAAACUCACUCCAUAUAAAUCACCAAAACACUUCAUACAUGUCUGACCAUAAGACAUACAGCUUGAACAGUUCUCUCUCAGAAAUCACACACUGUCCCUCCUGACACACUGACCUACAAACACUAACAGAGCUCUACAGAAAUACUGACCUCUGAAUUCUCACAGAAAUCAACAAGAACCACUUCAUUUUUUCCCUAUGUAUUUACAGAUAUCAUUCUCUCUCUCUCUCUCUCUCUCUCUCUCUCUCUCUCUCUCUCUCUCCUUUCUUUCUUUCUUUCUUUCUUUCUUUCUUUUGCCCCCCCUCUCUCUCACACACACACUUACUUUCUUUCUUUCUUUCUCUCUCACUCUCUUGCUCUCUCUCUCUAUCUCUCCCUCACACAUAUACACACACACUUACUUUCUUUCUUUCUUUCUUUCUUUCUCUCUCACUCUCUUGCUCUCUCUCUCUCUCUCUCCCUCACACAUAUACACACACACUUUCUUUCUUCUCUCUCUCUCUCUCUCUCUCUCUCUCUCUCUCUCUCUCACACACACACACACACACACACUUUCUUUUAUUUCUUUCUUUCCUUUCUCUCUCACACACUUUCUGUUUGUUCUCUUUCUUUCUUUCUUUCUUUCUUUCUUUCUUUCUUUCUUUCUUUCUUUCUUUCUUUCUUUCUUUCUUUCUUUCUUUCCUCUCUCUCUCUCUCUCUCUCUCUCUAACACACACACACACAUGCACACAUUUCUCUCUCUCUCUCACACACACAUUUCUCUCUCUCUCUCUCUCUCUCUCUCUCUCUCUCUCUCUCUCUCUCUCUCUCUCUCUCUCUCUCUCUCUCUCACUCUUUCAUAUCUUUUAUCCCUUUUUUUCUUUUUUCUUUUUAAUCCCUUCAAACAACUCACUGGAUCAGAUAACAGUCAUUAUAUAAUUGAACACAGGUGUGUUAUCCUUACGCCCUUCGUUCACAAACCAGCGCUGGACCACGCCCUCGCUUCCACAAACAGAUAUUCAAAACAGAUACAAAUACACGUUGUUUUGUUUUUUGUUUUUUAAGGAAGCCUGUCAGAAAGGUCUAGUAAAUCAUGUAAUCUAGACCAGAACCCAGCAUCAGGACUGGGGAUCAUAACAGAAAAGUCGCGCAGUCUUUAAUCAGCUGACUAGUUUUUUACAAUAUUUUGGAAAUUGAUUGUUAAAAUUAUGGCAUGAAGAUAAAAAGAAAUGUGAAGAGAUUUUGAAAAAUCCCAUACAUGUGGUUAUGGGUUUCAUAUUUAAAUGAAAUCUAAAGAAGAAAGAAAGAAUAAAAGGCUGUAGUAGUUUGGUCUCAGUGACUAAAAAUAGACCAUGAGAUCCUAAACACAAUUUUUGUUUUUUGUAUAAUUUAAUCAGACAGCCCUACUCUGUGUGUGUGUGUGUGUGUGUGUAAACUUAUACGCAUUUACUUUCACAAUCUCUAGCUCUUCUAAUACCAUGUUUUGCUACUAGUAUUUAUCCGAUUAGCCUCGAGACUGCUGUUCACUGAAGAUCUGGACUUUGACAAAAAAAUAAAAAGACGCUCACGAUGUUCUAGGGGUGGGUUUUUUUUUUCCGUUCAUGUUUACUCGUCCGCUCUGUGCGAUGUUAACGCUGCUGUCGCUGCAUCUUACUGGAACCGCUGUAAACAGCUGCCGGACUCAUCAAGAGACGCAAACACAUUCACAUCAACACGUUUAUACCUGUAACAGCAGAGGAGGACCGGUGCGAUUGAAAGGUUCUGGUGUUCGUGGACAUUCACACACUGACAUUCUCUUUGUGCAAAUAUAGUACUCAAAUACUGUAUGGUCUCAAUCAGGUCCUGGCAUGUCCAGCUACUAAAGACUGAUCCGGGCUGCGCGGAACUCGCCCUGGGAUCUUGCUUUGUACAUAAACUGUAAAAUGUUUUGGGUUUUUAUUUUCCACAUUGUUUUAUUUUCUAUUUAAGUGAACAUGAUUUAUUUAUGUUUCUUUUCAGAUUUUUUUUUUCCCCGUUUGCUCGUUUACCGUUUGCUGUACAUUUCAGUGACGAUGCUUGUGAUUUUCUUAUUUAUAUAUAUAUAUAUAUAUAUAUAUAUAUAUAUAUAUAUAUAUAUAUAUAUAUAUAUAUAUAUAUAUAUAUAUAUAUAUAUUUGUGAUUUUUUUUUUCCCUCUCAUGUACAUGUUCAUGUACAGAAGUCGUUCAGUUGAGUGAAUGAUCAUAUAACUGUUUGAAAAGCCACCCAGGCUGCAUGACUGCAUGGGAAAUUCAACAAUGUAAAGCAAAUACAGACGCGCCUUCUGGCGUCCUCACAUUUUUAAAGAAGAUAUAUUCCGCUCAUCGUUAUUCUCUUCGAUAUUCUUCUUGUUUAUUAUAAAAUUAGCUUCCUGCUGUUUCGGGCUUCACUUCUCGUUUGGUCCCUCAUUGUGCUUUACUUUGAAACUGAAGCGGUUCAUGAGUUGUUUGUGAUUCUCUCUAUCUUUCUCUCUCUCUUUCUCUCUCUGUCUCUCUCUUUGGGAAUUUUCUCUUAGUUUGGCCAUUCUGACUUUUGAUCUACACACAGUGUACGCAUGCCCCAUGGGACAAAUCUCUUUUUUUACUCUUGAAUAAAAUAUGCAUGGACCUUUA